AUGGAGGAGGAGAAACGCAUCGCCGCUCAGGCGGACUCCCUCAAGCGGGUCGCCUUCAUGGGCGUCUCCAUCUCGACGAUGGCCGUCGUCGUGUGCGUGUUGGGAGUUCCGUUGAUGUACUCCCACAUCCAGCGUGUCCACACUCAUAUGCAGCAUGAGGUCGACUUCUGCCGAUCCCGCUCCGGCAACGUCUUCAAGGAGCUCGCCAAGGCCAACGUGCUCAUCCAGGUGGAGCAGGGAGUUCGCGACAAGAGGGCCGUCGCCCGCCGUCAAGCCGGAGGAGGACCCGGAUCCAAUGGACAGCCCGGAGGACAAGGACUCCCUGGAGCUCCUGGACGUGUCAACCACGUUCCCGGCGGACGCGGACCCCCCGGCCCGCCAGGACCCCCUGGACAGCCCGGACCCAACGGAAACGACGGCCAGCCCGGAAACGCCGGAGGCAAGGGACCCCGUGGACCUCUUGGAGAUGCCGGCCAGCCCGGACAGCCCGGAAACGACGGUGCCCCCGGAGCCAGCGGAGACAAUGGAAACGAUGGCAACCAAGGCAGCUGCGACCACUGCCCCAUCCCUCGCACGGCCCCCGGCUAU